AUGCCCUCCUCCAGCUCGCUCCGCUCCCUGUGGACGCUCUUCGUCGACGUCGCGGCCGGCAUCCUCCUCGGAACAGUCGCGAGCGUGACCCCCGUGCGCACUUUGCGCGCCGCGUGGGUCCUCAUGCGCGGCAUCGAGCUGUUCCUCCUCGCGCUGCUCGUGUUCAAGGUCUGGUGGCUCAACGACUCGACGCUGCUCGCCAUCCGGUCGCAGGUGGACAAGCCCGAUGUUGCCUCGCACUCCCUGCUCGACGACUACGUGGUGGGCGCGGUGCGCGACUACGACUUUGGCCAGCUGGACCACUUCCACCGGCUGUGGAUCGCGCACUUUGUGCUCGCCGUCGGCCUGCACCUGUCGACUGGCAUCGUGCUCCUGCCGCUCCUCGCCAGCGUGCUGCUGUUCAAGCACAUCACGCUGCACCCCGUCGUGCGCGCGCACGUGCUCGAGCAGCGCGUCGCCCGCCCAUGGAACGGCAGCCCCGUGCCCCCGAACCCGCGCAACAAGGCGUCCUGGCUCGCCGUCUUCGGCGUGUUCGAGUCGGUGCCAACCACCACCACCACCACCACCACCACCACCACAACGGCAAAGGACGACGCCGCCCCGGCCUCGGGCCACGCGGGCUUUGCCGCCGCGUCCACGGGCACCAUGUCGCAGGCGGCCAUGCUCGGCCUCUGCCUCGAGCAGGUGGCCGCCGAGCUUUCGGGCAUGGGCGCGGCCGUUAUGCAGGGCAACAAGGCGGACAUCGAGGCGGGAGACCACAUUCAGAUCGCGCUGGAGGACGCACAGGCGUCCCUCGGCGCCGCGGGCCUCGCGUUGGCGUCCAACACCGGCGACGAGCUCAGCCCCGCCCUCGUGGCGGCCGCCGCCCGCCUCGUCCGCGACCUGGAAGUCGCGCGCGCCGCGAGCCAGCCGCCGGCCGGCUGGAUCUCGCUCCGCGCCUGCCGCAGCAAGUCGGCGCCCAGGCCAGAGCUCUACCUCGCCCGCCCGCGCACCCUCCAGGCCGCCGUGUAUGCCGACGAUAAGGUCGCCCCUGUCGUCGCGUACGACGAGAAGGCGACCCAGGCGACCGCGGCCGUCUAA